AGCUGAACCAACCCUACCAACAACAAAUCUUAGAUAAUACUUAUUAAAAACACUCUCAACUGACCUCAGCGAUGCCAAUUCCAGUUGUUUCUUUCCAAUUCGCCCCAAAACACCCGGCAAUCUGACAACAGGUGACAUUUUUAUCGAAAUUUUGAGCCGACUCGAUUUUCAAACUUCACUUCAGCGAAACUAAGAGAGAGUGCUUCCAUCUAACAGUCUUCUGAUAAGUUAAGUAAACAUUCACAAGUUUGUUCAAUACAACCUUGGUUACCUCUGGAAUGACGUUUAUAUUCACCAAAUCUGACUAAAACCAUCCAAAAUGGAAUUCAUUGUUGACAAAGUCUCCGAAGACUCGUUCUACGAAAACCUCCUCAUCGGUCUACCCAAAGCUCUAGAAAAACUACCCAGCGUGUCCGACUUGUCCCUAGAGCGCUUUUCUCCCGUCCAGCACAACAACAUCUGCGCCUGGGAACAAAAGCACGGGGUUUUGUUGCCGGAAGACCUGCGUUCUUUCUAUGCCUCCAGUAAUGGGUUGUUAUACACGUAUAAUUUUUUCUACCGCGAAUCGGGUUCCGACGAGGACAAAGUGGUCGGAAAAAUAGAAGUCAACAGUCUAAACGACUUAACUCAGAUAUAUGGGUACGAAAUAAAGCCGGAUCCGGGGGUGAAUGUAGACGGCGAACGAUACGAGCUCAAACUGGGGGCAGAUAGCAAGGUUUUUGAACUGGUGAAUUUGAGUGACGUUGGACGGGUCACUUUAGUUUAUAUCAAUCAUCGCUAUUUACCCACCAUUUGGAUGCAUAACGCAGCAAUGAAGUUCUAUUUUUUAGCUGACGAUUUUACUACUUAUUUGAAGAUGUGUGUACACCAUCUGGGGAUACCGUUUUGGCAGUUUUCUUUUACUGGGGAUGGUAUACCGGAGUGGAGCGAGAUGGUUUUUAGGUUAUUGGCACCUGCAGUUUUACCGCUUCACAAGAAAAUUGAAGAUGUGAGGAAGGCGAAUGAACAGACGGUGGAUGAAGAGUUGUCUAAUAUCCCUUUGAAUAAGAUUGAUUUGAACAUUUUUAGAACGGCACGUCCUCAACCCAGCAAUACUGUUGUUUUGGGUGAGCAGAGUGUCAGUCCCAGACAAAUGAAGAAAAAGGCAGGAAAACCAAAAUUUCCUACGAAGUUGCAGAGGAAAUCUGUCCAUCAAAAGAAGUAACU